UUCAAAACAUACACACGUCUUUAGUAACUUGUUUUAUAAUUUUCAUAUCCAUUUUUUUAAGUGGAUAAAAUAAUUAUUGAUAGGAUUGUCGCGAUUAAGAGGGAUAAUAGAAUGUCACUAGGAUUAAAUGCAACGAUUUCGGCACCCUCGGUGCAGUCUCAACGUUCCGAAGGGAGGCGGACAGAGAGCCGGACCCGUGCGCACCUUACGGCAACCCCACACAGCCAGAAGGCGGCCGGAAGUAUACAUGGAGGUCAAGGUAGCAAUAGCGCACAAUUCAAAGAGGAGGACCUGGAGACUGUGCUAGACUUUAAAGAGGACGAUGUUCCGUACGACGAGACUGGAAAGCGGUGCUACAGCCGCGCGUGCCGGAAGCUAGACGUGGUUCCCUCCUCUUACAUUCUCUCCAAGCUCUCCAACUCCAAAACGAUCGACUGCAAGCACUACGGUCUUGGACCCAAGGGAACCAUGGCCCUAUCCAUAGCCCUUGUGGUGAACAUGCGGGUGACCAGUAUCAAUCUCCAGGGUAACGACAUUGGUCAGAGGGGCAUCUCCUACCUACAGAAGAUGAUCAGCGAGAGUCAUACCAUCACAGAGUUGAAUAUCUCGGACAACAAACUGGGUAGUUUUGGGGCGAGUGCAAUAUGCAGAAUGCUGCAGGACAACCGGAGCCUUAUUAAACUACAGAUGUCAGGGGAAGACUUCACUGACAGUGACGCUACCUUGUUGGCGAAAGUGAUACAAGUUCACCCUGACUUGGAAGAAGUGGAUCUAAGCCACAACGCCUUCAGCGAUAUCUCCGCCCCGCUCUUCCAAGAAAUGAUCUCGGAAAACAGCGCCAUACAUUCGCUGGACCUCAGCUGGAACCAGUUCCGGAUGGCGGGCGCCCAGUGCAUCGCUAAAGGGCUCAAGGAGAACCCAGUAAUCCACGAGUUUAACUUUUCGUGGAACGGCAUCGGCGACGAUGGAGCCAACGAAUUCGCGAAGGCGCUCAAAGUCAACUCCGUAUUGACUUCAUUAGAUCUCACGUGCUGCAGGGUCGCCGGAAAUGGCUUUAUGAAAAUCAUCACUGCAGUGAAUCUGAACGAGUCUCUGGAACAUUUGAGGGUCGGUAAAAAUAACAUACCUGAGGAGAUAGCGGAGGCCGGCCUGUCGCUCCUCAGGUCAUAUCCGGUCCUCAAACUAAAGACACUAGACUUGUCGGACUGCACGUUCAGUCCGAAGUUCGAGGGUCACGUGGCCAGCCUGCGGGAAAUGCACCACAACAUUGACGUGCUGCACGGGUAUUCGAUCAGCUACGGUCAAAACAAUGCCGGCAAACAUUCCACCAAUGACAUUCUGCGGGAAGGAUUCCAGUGUUUGACGGACUUCUGCAAGGAGAAUAACGUGGCUCUGGUAGAGCUGUUUGCGAGAUUUGACGCCGACAACUCCAUGAGCGUCUCGCUACAGGAGUUCCAGGAGGGACUCAAGGAAUCAGGUGUGCCGAUGUCACUGUACAAGAUGGAACUGUUCGCGCAGGCCCUCGAUAAAGACGGGGACGGGGAGGUCGACUAUAGUGAGAUGGUUCUACAGAUGAAGCAAACGGAAAAUGAAGUAUGACAGCUGCAGUUUCUAUAACCUUGAUAUCACUCCUAAAUUAGUAGCAAGCCACCUCAUGCCUUGGUGGGCUCUACACCCUCGCCAUAUCUUGCCGACAAGUCACUGUGCUAGCUGGUUUCAAUAGAAACUCGAUUGAAACUUACAGACUUUUUUUAUAGACGCCACGGUUGUAAAAAACAUUUUCACCAAAAAAAUAUUACGAAAUAAAAUGUGGCGAAUCAUUACGGGUGUUAAAACUAAGAUACUGACGGCUGGUAUCCUUCAACAAAUGUUUAUAUGUGCUCAAAUGUUGUCUUUUAGGUCAAUAAUUUUGAGAAAAAUGUUAAUAACGCGAAAAAAAUAUAAAAAGCUGUAUCGUGAUUGGUUGAUUGACAUUAUCACGUGAUGCUACGAAUGUAUUUGAUAAAGGUUAAAACAUCCAUCAGCUGACUAUGAGUUCUUAUGGGCGUGCGGUCCAGGUUUUAGUUUUCUAAGUUUUUCUCCAUAUUACCAGUGUGGGUUCGCUCUCCACUACAGCCAGGUUUUUUUUAUACAUAAAGUGUAUUUUUCUGCAAUUUCGGUAUCAAAGAGUACUAUUUUUAUAUAAUACAUGUAUAAGUGUUUUCAGAUGCAUUACAGGGAAAACUCAUUUUUGGUCCAAACACAUUCAUGAGCGAGUCCCUUUAAUAUAGAUGUUGACAUUUUAAACACCACUGAUGGCCUUGUUAAUAGUUAUUAUAUCAUAUAUGUCACUACUAUAUCACACGUUUGAAGCAAACUGUUUGUCAAUUUUAGAAUACAACAGUUGAUCGUCUUUUGAAGCAAUAUUUAGCGUUAUUAAUUUCAAAAGCGACCGUACGAAACAUGUGCCUUAACGUAUGAAUAGGUUAUUAUGUUCCACGUUAUCUUCAAGUGUCAACGGUCCGAUUGUUCAGAACUUUGUUAAGGUAUCAACGUUGUUAACGUCAUCGUAGUUUACUUUCAGACUUUAUCUUGAAGUUUAAUAGAUACACUUGUUCUCAGCUGAACUUGUUUAUUUUGCGAGGUAUAAUGCAUAGUUUGGUAACAAUUGGAUAUCCACUUACUUAGUAAGGAAGCUGACAAGGUGAAUUUGGUCCAUUUUGACAACUUAUGGACUGUAACCCCUGACUGGAGAGUGUGAUUAUACUGUUUAUUGAAACCAGUUGACAUUUCAUGCAUAUAUACAUUUUGACCAAAUUUGGUUAAGGGCCGGAUAAGAAAUGCUUAAGUUAGAGGGCGGUCACUGACAAGGUGAAUAUGGUCAAUUCUAAAAAUGCAUUUGCCAUAACUCUUGAUUAAACAAUUGCGAUACGGGUUGUUUAAUAAAAAAAAUAAUGAGAUAUAACACCCAUUACCAUACCAUCGUCACAACAUUUAAUAAGGAUUGGACAAGUAAUCAGAGGACAGCGUGAAUUUGUUCAAUUCAGGGGUCAUAUAAUCAGAGUGAAUAUACCUGGCUAUUGCUAGAAAUGACCUUAAACAUUUUAAGCCUAUAGUUAAAAGCGGUCAAAGUCUCCAUAAACAAUAUUUCGACCAAAUCACAAAUGGGUGACCUAUAAUGUAAAACAGAAAUGCACAUACUUAUUUUUGAAUGAAUGGUACAAUACUAUUGAUACUUCUAGCAAAUGUAGUAAUUAUAGAUUGUUUAAUAAAACGAUUUUGAACUUGA